GAUGGAUUAAUGCGAUCCUGCGGACGGUUACAAAAUGCAGAGUAUUUACCAUAUGAUAUCAAAUAUCCCAUCAUUUUACCGAGAGGACACAUUGUAACCAGGUUGAUUGUCAGGCAGUGCCACGAAGAUUGAAAUCAUGCUAUGGGGACGAAUCAGACGCUGGCUAAGCUAUCAGAACGAUAUUGGCUGAUAAGAGGCAGAGAAGAGAUUCGCGAAGUCAUAAAUAGAUGCAACCAGUGCAAGGUGAAAAAGGCAACACCCGCAAAUCAACUUAUGGCUCCAUUACCAUCGAUUCGUCUCAAAGAACCACUACGUGCAUUUGCAAGAAUUGGAUUGGAUUUUGCAGGACCAUACAUCACCAAACAAGGACGAGGAAAGAAACAAGCCAAGAGGUACUUGUGUUUAUUUACAUGUUUACUAUCAAGGGCAGUACAUUUGGAACUAGCGUAUGGGCUGGAAACCAAUUCAUUUCUUAACGCAUUCUACAGAAUGGUAAACAGACGAGGAUUACCAAGCGAAGUAUUGUCGGAUAAUGGUACAAAUUUUGUUGGUGGUAACAAGGAGUUGCAAGAGCUAAUUAACCACUUGGAUAGAGAUAAGAUUGAAACUUCAGUUGCUAACAAAGGGAUCACAUGGCACUUCAAUGCUCCUUUAGCACCACACCUGGGAGGAGUCUUCGAAACUAUGAUAAAAGCAGCUAAAAGAGCAGUAACUGCUAUCCUCGGAAAAGCAGAUAUAACAGACGAGGAGCUUCAUACAGCCUUUACAGGUGCGGAAAGUCUAUUGAAUUCAAGACCAUUGACUUAUCAAAGUGCUGAUAUCAAGGAUGAUGUACCUUUAACUCCUAACCAUUUCUUAUUUGGACAAGCUGGUGGAAAAUUUGCCCCAGAGUCAGUCGACACCGAAGAUUACCAUCCUUCAAGACGAUGGAGACGAGUGCAAGAGCUAGUACGUCACUUUUGGAAGCGUUGGAUGAAGGAGUGGUUGCCAUCUUUAUCGCCGCGCCGUAAAUGGAAUAAAGAACAAGGCGAUUUGAAGGUGAAUGAUGUUGUGUUGAUAAUAUCACCAGAUACCCCAAGAGGAAACUGGCCAUUGGGGCGUGUAGUAAAAGUCUUCCCAGGAAGCGAUGGACAUGUUCGAGUAGUUCAAGUGAAAGUAGGAGCAAAGGAGAUAAAACGACCGAUUUCAAGACUGUGUCCCCUUGAGUUCAGUAGUGGAUAGUGGUGUUUGAUGACAGUUUUCAUCAAAGAGGGGGAGAAUGGACAGAAGAAAACGACUCGAAACUUCUAGAACGCUGGCAUCCUGCUGCGACUAUGAACGUAUUGAUAGAAAACAAUGAAUAUAUUAGACAUGCUGAGUAGACACUUAAUAAAAAAGAACAAUAAGCUUCGUAAUGAACUAAUUAUAGAAAUGUUGCGUCAUUCCUUUGUAUUUCGUAAAGCGGCAUUCCUUUGUAACUGCUUGACCUAUUAAUUCCCGUGAUUUCUUGUUUAUUCUGGAACUUUCCAUUUAAAAUGUAUAAAAGUAGCAUUUGUACGAUUUGAGGAGUAGUAUUAGUUAGUUCGAUAGUUAAUCUUUACGCUCUUCGACGAUAGACGAUUAUUAUUAAGACUUAUUAUUGCUCUCAUAAUCGGAGAGUU